AUGGGGACUGAUCGCCUGGUCUCCGUGUAUCAGUUUUACAGCCCCGUGGCCCACUACCUUCCAUUCUCUGAUGAGAAAACUGGGGGUCCGUCGUGGCAUCAUCGUCAUCGGCCCCGCGGCGCAGCAACACAAGCCUCAAAGAUCGCCUCUGAAAGCCUCUCUGCACCGACUUCACGUUUGCUUCUGAUCGGAGAUGGCUCUGGCCGCGCCACGAAUCGCGGACUGCGUGGCAGACGAGCUUGGCCUCGCGGCUGCCUCUCUGGCGUCCAACCUGACGGCGUCGGGCAACCGCUUGCCACCCUUUCGUAUUGCUCUCGGCCACGGCUCGCUGAGCUCUGCCUGCAUCCCGUCUGCCAAGCUCACCGAGCUGCAUGGGAAGUCAGCCAUCAUGCGCGUGUGAGCCCGUUCUCACCCCUUCCCAUGCUCGCUCGGGUUUGCCGCCCUGCAGCCUGCCCUGGCGCCUUGGACGGCACCGUUCCGCCAGGGACGUUGCUGUCGAGACAGUGUCGCGCCCUCUUGGCCAACGUCUUUCUGCCCGUCCCGAGCGAAGGGCGCGCCAAGGGUCCGACCAACACUGAGCCGAUGCGGCCCAGUCUUCGGAGCGGCAAGAUCAGGCUCCCCCGGACGUGUCUCAGACACUGUGUUCGCCUUUGUCCGUCGUCAGCCGCCGGGGUAAGACAACAUCGUCUCUGA